UAUAGUUUAUUCGGGAUUUAAGCGUUAUUUUACAAUAUUCAAGACUUAUUUAAGUAUAAUAAAAGUGAAGAAGUUUAUCUAAAUAAAAUGCUAAAUUUCGAGAGUUUUCUUUUACUUUGUUCCCGGAAAUUUCCAACGUUUCCUUGAUUCUGUCUUUAUCAAUGCUAGACUACAAUGGAUGUUAUAAUCCAGUUAUGGACAGAAAGUACCGUCCAAAUGUUCUUACUAGUAAAAUACGGAGAAAAUGACAAACUCAAAGGAAACCAUUUUAGAUAAAUACGGGACCUUUACUCAUCAUGACUUAAACUGGUUCAUCUUCUUUGAUAUUACAAUGGCAAUUAAAUCUUCACUGAUGCUAUGGAUUCGUAAUCUCACAUUUUGCAUUUUGUUCUUUAGUUUCUUUUUAGAACAUGUCUCAUGCAUUGAAACUGAAGCAUUAUCUACUGAUACUGCAGCAUUUUAUUCUGAUUAUUGCUCUUCAAUUGUCCCUGAAUCAACCCCAGAUUAUCAUUAUUAUCCCACUUACAAGUCUUUCGGCCCUUUCCGCGAGUAUGAGACUGGUUAUUACUACUCUGGUAGUGGAAACAAAAUUCUCAAUUCAAACAUAACCAGGUUCUUGAAUUCAUUCGUGUUUCAUACCAGGUCGGGAUAUAGAACUGAUAGAGACGGGGUGAUCAAGAUUGAAAGCGGCUUGAUGUUUCAAAAUCCAUUCUAUGUUGAAAACAUGCCAUACACGUCAGAUAUUUCGUCAAGAAGUCCUUUGAGUUUGAAGUUACAAGGGUUCUGGUCAGAACGUUCUGGGAAGCUUUGUAUGGUAGGGAGAGGCUCUGCUUACUCCAAAGAAGUGAGCGUGAGUUUAAGUAAUGAUAAGGAUUACUUUGAGCCAGUCUCAAUGUUGAUGAUUCCACAAUCGGGUUAUAACUGCACGUUUGGUUUGCCCUACUAUGUACAGCCAAGAAGAAGUUUUUGCUCAAUAAUUUCAACCGCCGGAAAUGUCUUUAAUUUGCAGUAUACAACUAGUUGCAGCCCUGGAAAGAACUGUCUUCCUUUUGGUGGUGAUGGGUAUUUGCCUUCUGCUAUGUCUUUCACAAGACUUGAGUAUUGUUCAGAGUUCAAAAGGAAAGUUCGUCUUUUGAUAGAAUUUCACAAUGCUAACUAUGUUGGGUUCUACCGCCCCUUUAAUCCCAACUCAACAUUGAUUGGCGAAGGAUUCUGGGAUGACAAGAAGAAUCAGCUAUGUGUUUUUGUCUGUCGAAUAUUGGACUUUGCAGAAUCUUGGUCUAAUGCUCGAGUUGGGGAUUGCACAACAAGGUUGACUUUAUGGUUUCCUGGCGUCUUGUCGCUGAGAAAAACCAGUAGCAUGGUGGGUCAAAUUUGGACCAACACAACUGUGAAUGAUUCAGGUUACUUCAAUAAAAUUGUGUUUCAAAGUACUGAGAAUCGUGUGGAUGGGGUUCCAGGCUUAAAGUAUGAAUACACAGAAAUUGAGAGAGUAAAUAAGUCAUGCCCAAGAAAGAAGCCUGCCAGAAGCAAGGGAGAAAGACAUCCAACUGGUGAUAAUUUCAUUGAUAUGAAAUUUGACAUGUCACUUAAAAGUUCUGAAGGCAAAACUGGGUGGGGCUUUGCAGUUCCUAUCUCUGUGGGCGAUCGGCUUUGCAAGCAGUAUGUGCAUCUGACGGGUGCUCCUCCUAACUCAAGGCCUGUAAGAACAGCGCUAAGUGGUCCUGUCAAUAUCAGCUAUGAGAUAGGCAUUACACUUCGACCUGCUCCAAAGGUAGAUGGCGGAGUUGUUCUAUAUAACGUAACCAGAGAGAAAGUUGAGAUUACUGCUGAAGGGAUUUAUGAUGCUGAUACAGGAGCCUUGUGCAUGUUGGGUUGCAGAAAGAUUGGGUUAAAAAAUCAGGUUUCCCAAAAUGCAUCUGUGGACUGUGAAAUUCUUCUGAAUUUCCUACUUCCUCCAUUAAAACCAAAUAAGAAUGGGGGUUAUAUAAAGGGAAGCAUUGAAAGUACACGAAAAAGGUCUGAUCCUCUUUACUUCAAUCCUUUGACUGUGUCUUCAGCUGCCUACAGUGUUGAGCAAGCAAAACAAACCAUUCGGACUAUGGACCUGGGGAUCAUAAUGGUUUUGGUAUCUAAGACUCUUGUAUGCGUCUUUGUGGGGUUGCAGCUCUACCAUGUGAAGAAGAAUCCGGAAGUUCUCUCCUUCAUUUCACUUGUUAUGCUUGUGAUUCUUACCUUGGGCUACAUGAUUCCUCUUGUGCUGAACUUUGAAGCCAUGUUCUCUGAAAAACAAGGUCAGAACAGUAUUUUGGUUCAUAGCGCUGGAUGGCUUGAAGUGAACGAGGUAAUUGUACGGAUACUUACAAUGGUAGCUUUCUUUUUUCACUUCCGCAUUCUCCAGCUAGCGUUGUCAGCUAGAUCAGAUGAUGAAAACCAUAGGGGCCUGUGGUUUGCUGAGCAAAUGACCCUGCUUGUGACUGUAUCAAUAUAUGUGGUUGGGGCCUUCAUUACUAUGGUUGUCAACUGGGGGAAGCAUAGCCCAGGGGUUGUCAACCAACGUAUGCAUAGCCCUCAGGUUGUGUUGCUUUCCUCCCAUGCGGCAGAAUACCGCCAGUAUUCCACCUGGAAAGACCUAAAAUCUUUUGCAGGUUUAAUCUCGGAUGGUUUUCUUCUACCUCAGAUACUGCUCAACAUUUUCUCAAACUCAAGAGAAUAUACUCUCAGCUGUUCAUUCUAUAUUGGAACCACCUUCAUUCGGUUGCUGCCACAUGUGUAUGAUCUUUACAGCAAUCAUAACUACAUUCAACUUAAGGGAACAUACAUUUUUGUGAAUCCUGGUCAAGAUUUUUUCUCCACUGCUUGGGAUGUCUGUAUUCCUCUGGGACUUCUGCUCUUUGCUGCAAUUAUUUACUUGCAGCAGCAGUUUGGUGGUCUUUGCAUUAUUCCUGGUAGAUUUAGAGAAUUGAAAGCAUAUGAAAAGGUACCAGUAAUUGGUGAAUAA